CAUUUUGUUUCUUUUUCAUUGUUUUCUUUUACUCGAACACAUUUUUAAUUAAUCAUAUUAUUCACUUUCACAAUUCCAAUCAAGUGAAACGAAUAAUUAAUCAAAUUGUCUUGAUUCUAAUUGACGAAAAUUAAUCGUUUAAUUUGGUUCCAAUUCCAAUUGAUUUUCCUUCAAGAAAACCAUCAGUUAAGCCGGUUGAGUUUCUUUUCACAAUCAAAUUUGGAUCACAAUUAAAAUUAAAACUUCCAGUGAUUAAUUUACUAAUCAAACCAUCAAAAAGAAAUUAAUUAAAAGAAUUUUCUACUUCAACUAAUUGUUACGAUGAUAAUUAAAAGAGAAAAGGAAUUAAUUUUCUUUCAAUUUAUAUUCUCUUUCACUGUGAGUUUAUAUCUCGCGCUUUUGGAGAUCCGAUCUACGCAGGAUUUGAUUCUCAGUGGGAAUUAAUUUGGAUACCAAGAGGUUUUCAUUGUGUUUAUUUACUUGAUUUUCCAUUUCUACAUAUCAUAUAUUUACUAUUUAGUGUGACAGAAAAACAUGGCUGGUGUUGUUAGUCCCGAAACCCCAGUAGCGGGUAUUUCACGAUCUGGUCGAAUAAGAAAAAAAUCAGCUAAAGUUAUCGAAAUGGAAGAGACCGAAAAAACCGUCGAAUCAACUGAUAAAGUUAAACCUGUUAGAUUAUCUACCAUUGGAAUUACCAAUAAUGGUUUAUCACCUAAAAAGGGUUUCAUUGAACGAGAUUUUACCAAUUCUUUAAGCUCUAAGAAGCUUAAAAUUAAAAUUCCACCGGUUGAUGGUGAUUUUAAAGAUGCUGUUAUGAUGGAAGGAGAUGAUGAUAAUGAAGAAGAUGUUAAUGAUGAUGACGAUGAUGAUGAAGAUGAUAAUUUAUUAGAUGAAAAUAUGGAAGGUACAGAAUUUGGUGAAACUAAAACAUUAACCAAUUCAACAACUUCAACCAUAAUAAAUUCAACUCCCAAUAAUACAGGAACUGCUCUUGGAGUACUACCCAUAACAACCAUAAUACCAUCUUCAGUACCUUUACCAACCAUUUCAACUUUAUCCACCAAAAAGCAUGAGAAAUCAACUAAAAAAUCAACUCUCUCUGAAAGUUGUUACAUUACCGAACCUGCUGUCAAACCGAUUAAAAUAAGUCGUAAAAUGGUUGAUAAUGAUUCUGCGGCCAAUAAACUAUUUGAACAAAUUACUUCUGGUACACCUCAUAUUGACCAUCGACGUAAAGGUUUUCGUAGGAAAUUUAAAUAUGGAAUUGUCAAUAAUGUCGAUUUUGGUUCAGAUGAUAAUGAUUCAGAUGAAGCUUCAUUGGUGAUUGCUACAGAUCCCCAAGAUUCCUUAGCAUCGGCAAUGGCUCAUGUUAAUAAACUUAAAACUCCAAAAGUUGAAGCAACCCCGGAGGCUGAUGAAAAAGAGGAUAAAAAAUCAAAUAAACGACAAACUAAAUCUAAACUUAAAACACCAACUGAUGGUAAAUCUCCCGAGAAAAAGAAACGUGGUCCAUUGAUAACAGCAUAUACACUGUUUGCAAGAGAGAAUCGUUCAAAAAUAGCUCAGAGUAAUCCUCUUUUAGAUUUUGCUAAUGUUAGCAAGAGAUUGGGAGAAGUGUGGCAAACUUUACCCAACAAAGAGAAGAUGCAAUGGAAAAGAAAAGCCGCCAAAAUGGCUCAGAAUAUGCACCGAGCUGCCCAAGAACCUGUUACAACCCCUUCAGCAACAAAAUCCACCACCAGUCAUUCAAAAUCAUCUAUUAUUUCAAAAUUAUCUUCAGUUACUCCCAAAUACUCAACGAAAAGUCAAGAGUCAACCAUAAAUCGUAAAAAUAUUCCCGGUUAUAUUGACGCCGCUUGUCAUUUUAAACUUAUCGGCGAUUCUCUCAUCACUUUGGGUAAAAGAAUCGGCGAUCGUCCAGGUCUCGCUAGUACAGCCUCAUUUUCCGUUCUACUUGAUUCAACCUUAUGCUCUAUGGGCUCUCUUAUAGGACUUACAAGGUUAGUCGAUCAUUCCAAUGGAUGUCCCAAGGAAAUUCACGAUAAAUUAAUGGACAAUAUCUCAUUCAUUAUGCCAGGAAUAUAAUAGAAUAAUUUCCCGCUAUUUAUCAAAUUCUGCGACCCUUAUCCUUAUGUCUCCACCGCUUCCACUUCUCACCUUACUUUUCAUCAUCAUCACUCAUAUUCAACUCAUUUGUCAAUAUCUAUAUUCUUGAAUCAACUUCAUAAAUCAAAUUUAAUUCAAUAUGUUCAUGUAAAAAUCAAUUCAAUCAUCUUUACUUUAAGAUGUCCCAUGAAAACAUGAUGAUUGUUUUCCCUUCUUGUACCUUAUUCCCAUUCUUGAUUUCCUACUAACCAUUUCAAUCGUUUCCUGUCUCCCAAUUCCUCUCCUAAUUGUCUUAUUAAUCUUUCGAUGAUUUAAUUUUCUUAUGGAGACAAAUCAGUUAAAUUUCUAUUCACAAUUAAUCUCUCUAGUUUCCUUAAUUGGCUAAUUAACUGAUCUCUCCAUAAACUGUUAAAGACUCACGAAUUAUAUAAAUUUUGUCCCACCCUCUUUACUCCCAAUCUCUGCUUCAUGAUUAUUUAAUAAUUUGACAAUUUAAUUUCAUGAAUUCGUGUAAAAAAAUUAACCUCAAUACAUUUAAUUGACAGAUCACAAUUAAUCCUCAACAAUUUGUCAAAUUUUUAGUAUAUUAAAUUACUUCAACUCCUGAAAACAACAAUAA